GGAAAGAGAGAGGCUGCGUGUGGACGCGUGUACACCAGGGGAAACACGCCGCACACGAACUGAGGGUGAGCUCAAGGAGAAGUCGCUGCUGCCUGGUUGAUCAGUGUAAACCCGGCGCAGAAGAUGCUGCUGCGCUUGAAUGAAUGAGAAUGCUGACGCUGUAUGCUGCGCGGCGCGCUGGAGACAUGCGGUACUCUUCACUCCUCCGUCAGGUCACACUGUAGUUAGUGUAAAGUCGAUCCAGUCAGUCACACAGACAUCCUACAUACUCUCUCCUCUCCUGCUGGGAUUUGUCCUUGCUGGAUGCCGGGAUGCCUGCUUCUCCUCUCGUCACACUGUUCUUAGGUCUGUUGGGUUUGCUGACGACAUGCGCCCAGACAGAGAUGAAGAGGGUUGUGGGAGACAAUGCCACGCUGCCCUGCCACCAUCAAAUCUGGAUGGGUGAUGACCGCACGCUGGACAUUGAAUGGCUGCUUCUCAAACCAACCAACAAGCAGAGAGUGGUGAUCACCUAUUUUGCUGGACGGGUAUUCGACCCCAACGAAGCGGAGCGUGGCCGCGUAGCCUUCGCUGGAGAGUACCUAAAAGGCGACGCCUCUCUGCUGAUCAGUGACUUGUCUCUAACAGACUCAGGAGAGUACAGCUGCAAAGUCAAGACGGGUGCGCAAUACCACUGGAGCACCAUCAGCCUCAUAGUGCUGGUGAAGCCGUCCAAGCCGCGGUGCUGGAUGGAGGGCAAACUGUUGGAGGGCGGUGAUGUUAAGAUGAGCUGCAAGUCUGCUGAUGGCUCUGAUCCCAUCCACUACAAAUGGGAAAGGGUACUGGACAAGGGCAAGUAUGUUGGCAAGCUGCCUCCCAUAGCCCUGAUAGAUUUGAAAAACCCAGAGAUUGUGACAUUAAGGAACUUGACCAAGGACAGUACCGGAGUCUACAAAUGCACAGCCAGCAAUGAUGUGGGAGAAGAGAGCUGCACAGUGGAGGUCAAGAUGCACUAUGUCAGGGGAAUGGGUGUGGUGGCUGGGGCAGUGGUUGGCGUGUCUUUCGGAGUUCUCCUAAUCAUCCUCAUCAUCUGGUUGGUGUUCCGCAAAAAGGAGAUGAAGAAAUAUGAAGAAGAAGAGACCCCAAAUGAAAUCAGGGAGGAUGCAGAAGCUCCCAAAGCCAAACUGGUGAAGCCCAACUCCCUCUCUUCUUCCCGCUCUGGCAGCUCUCGCUCAGGCACCUCUUCCACACAGUCCAUGGUGCACAACAUGGGGCUCCGAGGCCAACGAGCCUGUGUUCCUGCUGUGGCGGCCCUCAAGGAAAACUGCCAAUCUUCUUUCCCUCAGUCUCCACCUGCCUACAAUCAGACAGUUCCCAAGACUCCUGAACCACGUUCAACACCAACCUCCACGUCUACCUCCAAUUGCAAGCCCAGCCCUCCCCCUAAACUGAGUCCUGGAAACCUGACCCGCAUGGGGGCCACCCCUGUUAUGAUCCCUGCCCAAACCAAGGCCUUCCAGACUGUGUAGAAGAUGUAAUCACACAGAGGAAAAGACCAAGGCAGCCUCAGGACAUGGCAACCAGCUGAACCCAAGAGUUAGACUCUGAUAAAGAUCCAGUGUAUAUUCUCACCAUUCGCUAUCUGACGGAUACUUUCAGGAAUUUAACUCUUGGAGAAUCUGUGCUUUACACCAACAAUAUAGGAAUAGGCUUCUCCUGGCAUUGUUUAUUGACACACUCUCACCUGAGCAACAUCUGUGAUGAAGAUACUGUUGUAUGGACUGUGAUUUUAAAAGACAAGGAGGUGUCGAAACUGAACCAGCAGUUGGUUUCUUAUGGAAGGAGAGGAUUGCACGCAGCAGGGAGUGAAUGGGAUGAGGUAAUGUAAUGAGGUGAGGUCGAAAGCGUGAGCCAGACUGAAAUUUGAUAAAGUGAUUACAUUACAUAGCAACUUCAUUCUUUUUGCAGAAGACAACAGAUGGCUCAUAGAUACAGCUGAAGAGGUUAGUAUAAGGGAAUGGGGAAAAAAGGAACAAACUUGAACACCUUCUUGCAUACAGUACCCCACUUUACACCUGUUGCUAAUGAAAAUGCCCUGCACACAUGACUGAACUGAUUGAUGAAAGUAGUUUAACUGUAGGUUGUUACAGUAUAUAAACGAGAUGAAUGGCUCUGAUUGUAUAAACAGACUUUAUGUGGACACUUCAUAUAAACAUUGAUACAUGUGACACGCUGUAAUAUGGACAUAGGUGAAUCCCUUUUGUCACUGCUUCCUCUGUGCCGACUGAAAAACCACAUAGAUGUGCACCAUUUUCAGUAGUUUAAGUGUGGAUUCAUACAAGACAUUUCAUGUUUAUACUGUUCAUCUAUUCAUACCUGACAUGGCAAAAUUCAAAGAGAAUUCUGAGUUUUCUUUUUGUUUUGUUUUUUCCAGGGGGGGUAAUUUUCAGGAUAAUGGAGCACUUAUAAUUUUGAGGAUUGUCAAAGGGUUAAGUCGAGGCCCUGCUAAGAAAGUGCCACAUUGUGAUUGUUUCUUUUUUUUCUCAUUUUGUGUGUAGUAUACCUUUUUGUUAACCACGAAUGCAAGACUGUAUGAAUGUGUUGCUAAAUGAGAUGUGUUAGGUAGUAUUUUUUUCUCAGCAAUAAGUUACUAAGAACUCUCCCAUGUUAAAAUGGUUUCCUGAAUUUUAAUGAGUUUUACAUGACUCAUUGACUCAUUUCUAUAGAGAGAAAAUUACUUUCUGCACUCUUAAUACAACUUAGAUGUGGAUUUCUAAAGAGUGCCUUUUGUCAUUCAUGCUCAUUGUAAUGAUCAAACAUAUACAGUACUAUUGACAGUACAACGCAUUGCAAAUUAGUUGUCCUUCACAAGGGGCAUGACACUAAUAACAGUCAGUGUAGGUAUGGAGGGAGAGCUCCAUUUAUAUCUGACCUACUGCAUACCAGCCAUAGCCAACAGACAGACAGACAGACAGACAGACAGACACACAGGACAGAAUGAAUCCUGCCCUUGUGCCUCAUCUCCCAUUCAGCAGAGAGGACAAACCUGAUCCUUCUCCAUUCCUCAUUCUUCAAUCACAUUCCUUCCCUUCAAUACAUAAUCUGCCUUUUAUCCCUUUUCCUCUUUCAACUUGUCUUGUGAGUCUCACCACCUACUCGCUCUUCUCCCAUGAUGUUGUAUUCUACUUAUUUUCAUGGUGGGGGAAGUUAUACAUAACCUUGAUCCAAGGACGGAGCUUUGUCACUGUUGCGUUCAAAGCCAAACUGACUGUACACUUACUUAGAUGUGUACAAUAAAGAUGUCACUGUCGUUAGUUAAUCUUGGCGUGACUUAAAACACCAGCGAACACACCUCUCUGACUGGAAAGUGAAACUUUCAUCUUGCUCACCUGGAGACUGAUGAACAUAGCAAUACCUAGGUCACUAAAAACUGCUAUCGUUAGUUGCUGUAAGUGACAUCUCCUGCUUUUACAAACUAUGUGCACACGUGCAUGUAAUCACUGAUUUGUCAGAAAGCAUUUGCCACCAAUGUUACAACAUUCCACUACAUUAGCUGAAAUUUAGAUUUUACAUAACCUCAUCCUGUGAUAGAGCUGUCCAACCGGGGACCUAAACAGCUUUUCCCAUAGCCAAUAAAACACAAAAAAAAAAAA